CACUUACGAAAUCUUUGCUUCAUUCAUUGCUGCCAAAACGGAAGAAGUUACGAAACUGGCAGCAGAAAAGACUGAAAUGGAGCAUGUGACCGCUGAACUAGAAACACAGGUUCAGAAAUUGAAAAGUGAGAUUGCAUGUAGCAAGAAUGUGAGAGAAGAAUUGGAAGAAAUGACAAGGAAAUUUGAUAACAUGCUCACAGAAAACAUGGCCUUGUUGAAUGAAAAGAGCACAGUUUCAGAAGAGUUAGUGAGGGUGCAAACUCAGCUUAUGGAAGCCCAGAAUGAAUUGAGAGAUUUGAGGUACGAGUCUGAGACAAUGCAAUCCCUGAUGACAGAUGUGAACAAAGAGAAAGAAAGGCUGACAAAGUGUAAGGAGAGCUUAGAGGAUGAUGCAGAGGAAUCAGAAGAUAAUAUUAACACUCUGCAGUAUCAGUUGUCUGAGGUCAGAAAUGAGAAUAUUCUGCUGAAAGAGACUCUCCAAGCCAAAGAAUCAGAUGUGAACAAAUACGAAGGUGAUAAUACCCUUUCUGAAGCCUUGCAGGAAUCCCAGAAGGAAGUGAGCAGGCUUCAGGAAUGUCUAGGUGAGCUUCAGGAAAGCCACAGUAAACUAGAGAAACAACUGGAAAACAACCAAGCAGAAGUUGUUCAUGAUGAACUGGAUAAUGUACAAAAAGCAAAAUUGCAUCUGGAAGAAGAGUUAUAUACUGUAAAGCAGAACCUUGUUCAGUCCAAACUGACCUUAGAAGAAAAACUCUCUGAGUUAACCAUUUGUCAAAGCAAGCUCGCGUCAUUCACUGAAAAUGCCAAAACAUUGCAGCAUGAGAAGCAGAUGCUUUUUAUUGAGUUGUCCGAUGUUGAACUUAAAUUGGAGCAAAUGGAGAAGUCAAACAAGAUUUUAAAUGACACUUUAGAAAAUUCAGAGCUUAGUCAUAUUGAACUGGGCAAGAUAGUUUCAACAUUACAAGCAGAGAAGGAAAAGUUGAUCAAUGAUUUUGGCCUUACUGAAAUAAAGGUGCAGUCAAUUACAGAUAACCUCAGGCAAAAGGAAAAGGAAAUAAUUGCUCUAUCAGAACAGUUAUGUAGCUUGGAGAAAGAGAAAACUUUUGAAUGUGAAAGACUGGGACAAAGAGUAGAAGAUGUGACAUUGAAGGCUACUCAGGCUGAAAAUGAAUGUGAACAUUUACGAGAGACGAUUAGUGAUGUAACUCAACAGUUGGAAUCAGCUCAGGUACAGUUGAAGAUAUUGACUGAAGAGAAAGUAUUAGCUGAGGAGGAAAGCCAGAGUCUGCAGAUGGAACUUAUGGAGGUUAAAACAGCAUGUUCAGAAGCACAGGAAAGCUUGCAGCGAGUCAGAGAUGAUCUCAUUCAGCAGAGAGAAGAACAUCACACUCAGGUUCAGGAAUUACAGUCCAAAAUAAACGGCCUACAACAGGAGCUGGAGGAGUCCAGAGAGUUAGUCAGUAAUGCAGAACGUCAGACUGGUGAAAAAAUUGAGGAUCUCGUUAUUGCCAAAGACAGACUUCAGUCAGAGAAUGAGAGCUUGCAAAGCAGCGUUAUGGAAAAGGAACAAGAGCUUUUAAAGGCAAAAGAUGAUAUUUCAAGCUUGAUGCAGGAAAAAGACAAUUAUUCAUCUCAGCUCCAAGCUGAGAAAGAAAAAAAUGUUUCCUUAUCCAAUGAACUGAAAAAUAUGAAUGUUCAGGUAGAUGAACUCAAAACCAGGAAAGACGAAGCCAACAAAAACCUGAUUGCCAUGGAAAAGCAGAACAGUGAGCUGCACAUGUCCUUAGAACAAGAGAGAACUCAGUCGAAGGCACUGAAAACUGAAGUGGAGCAGCACAGACAUCAGUUAGCCCAGCUUCAGUCAGAACAGGAGAAGGUGACCCACAGCCUGGCUAAUGUUGAAAAUAUACACAUGGCUGACAUGGCCAAGCUUCAGGAACAACUUGAUGCAUAUAAGGGAUUAGAGGAAGAGAAAGAGGAGACCUUGGAGGAGUUGAUGUUCCUGAGAAAUGAAAACGAGCGACUGAGUUCCACUUCUCAAAGCCUUAAGAAUGAACUGGAAUUUUGUGGCUCCCAACAAUCUGGUGUGUUAGAAAGCAUUCAACAGGAGUGUGAGAAACAGUCCCAUGCUCUGGUUGAGUAUGAAAGUCAGCUUACUGCAGUAAGGCAAGAGAACAGUGUGCUGAGCCGCAAAGCAAGUGAUCGUGAGGAAGAACUCUUGUCCUUCAAAGCAGACUAUGACAAAAAAUUGAAAGCAAUGGAAAAUGACAACAUAAAACUGAAGGCUGAAGUAGAAGACCUUAAUCAGCAGCUGUCCAAAGCUGUAAAUGCAGGGAAGUUUUUUGAGGAUCAGAUUGUUACCUUUGAAUCACAGAUUGAUCUUCUUAAUUCAACAGCAGAAGCUUUGAGAGAUGAUAAAACUCAGAUGACUGAAGACCUUAAGAAUCUUGAACAACACAGCGCUGAUUUGCAAGUUAAGUAUCAAGAUGUGUUUGAAAAGAAAACAGUUUUUGCAGAGGAGAACAAGAAACUUGUGAAAGAUCUUGAGAAUUUGCAGCUUCAGAUGAGCAAAGUGGAAAAGGAGCGAGACCAACUAGAAAGAAAUCUAGAGCUAAGUCAUCAAGAAAACGCUGCAAUUCAAUCUCAGCUGGAGACUACAAUGACAACAAAUGCUUUAGCUCAAGAAACCAUUCAGCAGUUGAAGGUAAAACUUUUGGGAGGGGCAGGAAGAUCUGGUGAUGGAACAGAUCAAAAUGCAUGCAAACAAAUAGUGAAUACAUCGGAUCAGGAAAUCCAAACAGACGAACCUGAGAGCCAGUUUGUUGGGACCACUCAGUGGUACGAUUCAGAGUUUAGGAAACUUACAGCAGAGAGAGACAGUCUCAAAGAGCAAAACAGUGUAGCUGAGGAUCAGUUUCAAAAGCUGCUGGCAGAGUAUCAGAGCGAUGUCGAAGUAUUGAGGGCUGAAAUCGAAGAAAAGACUGUCAGAGAAAAUUCUGUAAGUGAUGAACUGGAAAUGACUACUCAGAAAUUAAAAAGCCUGGAAAGAGAGAACCAAAAGUUGCAAGAUAUGUACCAGAGUCUAGCUGGAACAGCGGUGAAAUUAGGCAUGAUCCCCGAUGAUGCCAGCUCCCAGGCAUCCACUGAGGUGGAAGAUAUUGCUACUGAGGAAGAAGAAGACACGGAUGAGAAUGAAGAAAUGUUAGACACUUUCAAGGCAGCAGACCCUGCUUUCAGCCAGUCCGAUAUGCGGGUGUUGAGAACGGAACAAAAGCAGGCAUCCGUUGAAGUGGAUAAAAUGUCUUUGAGUGAAAGCAUGCAAGAGGAAGAUGCCGAGAUUCAAGCACAGUACAAAGCUAUGCUUCAGGAAUCAAGUUCCCAGAAAGUAUCAAGUGGAAUAACCUACACUGAAGAAGAAUAUGAGGAAAAGUUGAAAUCCUUGGCAGAGAAGUUUGAGCAAGAACUCCAAACCAAGGAGGAAUUUAUCAGAGACCAGCAUGCUGUGGAAAUGGAGCGCAUGAGGAUUGAGAUGGAAUACGACUUCAGGGCAGCAACAGGACAGUUUCAGAAGGAAACUCAACAAGAUUAUACCAUGAAAGUUGAGGCGUUCAAGUUUGAAAAGGAGAGAGAAUUUGUGGAAGAACUGAGGAAGGCAAGAGCGGAGUUGGAGAAAGUCUAUGAAGAGAAACUAAAGGCAAGGGUAAUGCCACAACAUUUGGUGGAACACGGCUCAGAUGUCUCUGAUGACUGGGAAGGCAUGCAGAAGCUUCGAAUCGAAAACCAGGAGCUGGGAGAAACCAGAGAUGCCCUGUUGCAGCAGCUGAGAGAAUCUCGUCAGAAACAGCAGGAUAUGGAAAAUCUGCUGGAUUUGGUGGGGGCCUCUGUAUCUCCAAAAGACGUGUUGACCACGGAAGCAGAUGCAUCGUUAAAAGACUCUAACUUGUCACCCGUGGACUUCGUCCCGGAAACGGAUCACUUGGAUCCGCUGUCUGCAGAAAUCCGCUCAGAUUCCCAGGAUGAGUGGCAACCUGAGCAUAACUCCUUCGAGUUAGAGGAAGCUCUUCAGACAGCUGAAAAAAAGUAUAUUCGGAGCCCUGCAGAAGAAGCAGUGACUGGCAUCAGGGAUAUUCUAAGGUGCCAUUUCCCGUCAUCUGAAGAGGAUAGUCUGGAGUGUGACAUUGAGAGUAAAUUCAACCAGCUGCAGUCAGAACAUGUUGAAUUGCUGGUCAAGGCAAAUGACUUAGAGGAGCAAGUUUUUAAAUUGAGUCCUUCAAAAAUGACUGGUGCUUCCAGUUCAACCUAUAUGGACAUGCACAACCGUGUGUUAGAGUUAGAGAUUGAAAGGGAGAGCCUGCAACAAAAGAUUAAGGAGCAGAGAGAACUGUUCAACUUUGAAAAGUCAGAUCUGCAACAGAAAUGCCACAUUUUAACAUUAGAAGUGGAAAACUUGAACUUGUUCAAAGAGAAUCUGGAACAGGAAUUGGAAUCAAUGAGUUAUGCCAUGGAGAAAAAGAGCCGGGGAUUCUCAGCUGUCGGUGACAACAAGGUCAAUGUGAUGACCCAGACAGAUUUACCGGCUGAUGAGAUCACUGCGAACACCAUCACAGGUAACAGUUCCAACAGUUCAGCAUUUGACAAGGGAACGGGAGAUAGAUGGAUGUUAGAGGCCAGAGUGAGCCAGCUAGUGGCAAGGUCUGCACACUAUGAGAAUGUCAUUGGUGACCUAAAGCAACAGAUUAGACAGAUGAGUAGUAGUACUGUUCUGCAAGAACUUACCCAGGAGGUGUCUGCGCAGGACAAGAUGCAGGAAGAGCUCCUGCAGGAGGUUAGGAAAGUGCGUGAAGAGAAUGAGAAUCUGAGGGCCUUCAUCACAAGUCUGGAUGUGCGGUUGACUUUUGAGAAGCCUUCUGGAGGUCAUGAGGAAAGUGCGGAAGCUGUGGGAGAAGAUGCUAGAUCUACGGAUAGUCUGGAACCUAGAAUUGGCACCAGAGAGGAGGUGGGCAAAAAGGAAGGUAGUGCUGAGUUUGUGGCUGGGAAUUUAGAGAGAUAUGACUGGGAUGUGGAAUUGGAUAAAGCUGCUAGGCACAGUUUGGACAGCCUGGAGGCUGGAGCAGAAGAUGCCUCCCUGAUGAAUGAGGACAGGAGUCCUGACAGUUUGGAUGAUGUGUCAUCCUUGUGUGAUUUGACAACAUCCGAUAUGUCCAGUCAUGUGGCGGCACAGGCGUUAUUGCCCAAGCAGGAUGCUGCAACCGAAACUAGUUUGAUCCAUACUGUUGAUGGCUUUGCCGAAACAGAAACAGAAACAUUGUUGACAGGAAAUUUACAGGAAAAAGUCUAUCAGCUGGAAAUGGAAAAAAUACUUUUGAAAGCAAAAGUUGCUAAACUAGAAGAACUUCAGAAGGUGAAGGACACUGGUGAUGGUUCACCACAAGCAGAAUCACAUGGAGUCUCCAGCUGGGUUUGGCAAAGUGACCGGAACAGUGAUUGGAAGAGAUGCAGCAGUUCAACUGACAGUAUGGAAGGGGAAAGAAAACAUGCCCAAGAGAGUUCUUCUAUGGUAGAAUCUUCUUCCACGCUAACUAGUAAUUCUGGAGGGAGUUUAGAGAACCUAUUGGAUGCCAGGUUCAGAGAGAGAACAGCAGCCAGGUAUCCGGUUAUGAAUGAGGCAAGCAAUAGUUCAUCUCCUGGGAGGGAGACUUCCUCGUAUCCAAGUGUGUUUGAAGACAGUGGAAGUGAACAUGGCCUAGCUUUGAAAGAAAGGUGCUUUUCUUCCAGUCCUGCGAGGUCAUUGGACUUGACUGAUGAGUUGGCAGACUUGAGCAAAGAAAUGAAGGAGACAAAGGACAUUUUUGUACGAGAGAAGGCCCUACUCCAGGAAGCCCUGGAGAGAGAGCAAGCGAAUAAAGAAGGUGUCCUCUCUCAAAUGGAACCUCUCUCUGAUGAUGAAGAAGAAGAAUGCUCGGAUGUUACGCGGCUUAGACAGAAGCUUGCUGUUGCUCAAAAAACUAUCAGAUUCCUUGUUAGAGAAAACGAGGAGUGGAUUGUUCGUGUUAAGCAGCAGGAAGCUCUUGUGUUCCAGUUGCGAGAGCGCUUAGAGGAGAGCUCAGAAAGUGAUGGCUCCCACGGGGUCAUGGGUCAGCAGCUGGCCCUCCUCCAAGAUCACCGUAAUGAACUGUUGAAAAAACUGGAAGAAAAACUGUCUGCUGAGAAAUUUUUAUCGCAAGUCAUUGGCGAGAAAGCAGUGUUGGAGGAAAAUUUGCGUGUGGAAAAGGAACUUCUAGCAGGAAAGUCUCUAGAAAAUGAUAGGUUGAAAUCAAAGUUGCGUGAACAAAAAGUACAACUGGAAAGAACAAUUCAAGAGCAACGAUUUCUAGAGGAGAAACUGUAUCAGAAGGAUGGAACUGAAAAAGAGUUGAUGCGGCAAAAGCGUGUGUUAGAAGAAGAGCUCUAUUAUAUCGAAUCAAAAUUGAAAGAUAGUGAAGCUCAUUUGGAAUUUGAGAAGAGUAGACUAUUACACGAGUUAAAGGAAAAAAAUUUGGCAAUAAGAAGGUUUGAAGCUCGUCGAAGUUCAGCCAGUUUGGUCUCUGGGCAUUCUUCCCCCAGGCUUUCUGGCUCCUUAACUUCCAUUGCCAGUAGCAGUGGUUCGGUGUCUCGUGAAGAACAUGGGGGGCAAAUACGGCACAUGGAGCGUGUGAGACAGGAAAUGGAGCUGCAACACCGAGAUGCUGUGGACAUCUUGCGGCAUCAGAUGAACUUGGAUCAUUCCAUUGAGGACCUCCGCUUGCGGGAGCAGCAUACUGCAGACCUGGCUACUCUACACAGGAGAAACCAGCAACAGCUGGAGAGUGUGAAAACUCAUUAUGAGGGAGUGAUUAGGGCUUUACAGAAACAGGUGAGAAUGGAAGCACCACAGCAGGAGGAGGGGGGUGACUCCCUGCUUCAGGACCCGCUCUGUCAUCAGCUGGUGGAAAAGCUAAAGACGUCCCUAUCAGAUGAUCAGACGGCUGAGCUGGAUACCCUGAUGACCUCUCUGGACGCUCAACACAUCAAAGAGCUGGAGAAACUCCGACAUCAGCAUGCGGAGGAUGUAAUCCUGCAGCUACAGGCGAUGCGGAUCUCCGUGGAGCAGGUGGAGAGUAGCAGGUGUCAGGUGUUGAGGGAGGAGCUGGACAGAGACCGCCUGGCUCAGCUGGCCAAUCAGAGAGAAGAGCUGGCCAGCGAGUAUGACGAGAGAAUCCAGGCUCUAGAGAACAGCUGGUCACAAAGAAUGGAUCAGCUUCAACAGGAGAUUGGGGGUGGUGCUCUGACUGGAGGGACAGAUCAAAGCAUCAAACCAGGCAGCAAGGUUUUACUGCGUCAGCUAGAAAAACAGCUACAAGAGGAACACAAUAUAUUGCUUCAGAAAUUGAGAAAGAACCCUGACCUAGAAACAGAGAAAUCUGAUGUUGAGAAAAGUGAGUCCAAGGACAAAGAAGAGGAUUCAUUGGGGAGAGCAGAGGCCGAAGAUUUGCUGAAACUCUGUUCUAAGCUAGUUGAGGAGUAUGAACGUUUACAGAGCUUGUCUGCCCAGAUAGAGGAGGUUGUGACCCCAACCCCUAGCUCAGGGGCUGCACCUGAGGGGGUGCUAGAGAAGGGGGAAAGUGAUGCGGAUUUGUCUGCCCAGUGGGAGGUGGAGAUUGAGGAGGACUCACAGGAUUAUUCCAUGAGUGACCAUGGUGAUUUCACAGAGCUGCAGGAAUACGCAGUGGCUUCUAGGACGUCCACAGGGGUGUCCAUGCCAUUAGGGUCUUCAGAUACGGACCAAGGGGAGCUGGAAAGGAAGGUGGCUGUGUUAGAGUCCAGGCUCAAAGAGUUUGAUGCGCUGAAAUAUGACUUAAAUGAAAGCGACAAGCAGGUGAGAGAACUUGUGGCCAUUCUUAACGCUAAAGACGAGGUCUUGUCACAGUUGGAGAAACACGGAGACUCGCCACAUUUGCUGCUGGAAUGCCAGACGAAACUGUCACUGGCAGAAGAGAAGAUCAGCGCUCUGGAAGAAGAUGUAGACACCAAAGAGAAGCAGAAUUCCGAACUCUCUGAAAAACUGGACGCUCAGCUCCGACUGUACACGGAACUGGAGGACAUUUGUAAAUCUCAGGAAUCCAAUUUGGUGGAGGAGAGAAAGAAAGUGGAUAAUCUGGCCUGUGAUAUUAAGGAGAGGGAUAUUAGGAUUGAAUCUCUUGAGCAGAGGUUAGGGUUAGCGAACUGUGAUAGGACAGAGUCUGAGCCUCAGUCAGUGAACACUAGUCUAGAUGAGAGUCACGACGAGGUCUCGCGUGCCCUUAAAGAGGCAGAGCUCCGUCACACAGAGGAAAUGGAGGAGAUGACACAGAUGUACAAUGAAGAGCAGCAAAAACUGCGGGAGAACCUCAAGGCUGUUCGAGCGAAGGAGAUUGAGCUGACGGAACAGAUAGAGGAGUUGACGCAUCAGCAUGAGCAGAGCCUGGCUGGGCUAAAGGAAGACUUGCAGCAUGAGCGCAAACAGGAAGUGGAAACCUUACAGUCAGAGUUCAGAGUUCAGAUGGACAUAGAGGUCAGAAAGGUCACGGCUGAACUGACCAGUAAACACGAGGAGGAAGUAGAAAAGCUUCGUAAUGAGUACCAGGCUAAUUUGGAACAGCUGGAAACUCCGUCCAUAGAUAAACCACUGACUAAUGGUGGCUCUGACCACAAUGCUAGUCCAGAUAAAACACAAUCGUCCGAGAAAGUCCGGGAGUCCGUGAAGCAGGAGUUAUCCCAGCUCCAUGAGAAUGCUAUUCGUCAACUGACCCUGGAGUGGGAAGAGAAGGUGGAAAAAACACGACUUGAACUGGAGGAGCAAUUAGAGGACGAAAAAGCGGAACUGGAGCGGAAACACAAACAGGAAGUGAGCAAUCUUCAGACCCAGCUUAAAGAUGCUCAGGAGAAACUGAGCAAUAUCAUUGAAGCCCUGGACUCUGGAGACUUUGACUCGCCAGCCUUACAGGCUUACAGAGAGUCUCUGCAAGAGAAGGUGGACUUGGAGCUGGAGAUGGCGCGAAGGCUGCUUCAGGAUGAAUACGAGGAGCAGAAGAUCUCGCUGGAGGAGUUCACUGCAGAGGAGGCAGCCAGAGAACAGGAGAAGUUUAUUGAACAACAUCAGAAAAUGAUGGACAGUUUCAUUGCUGAGAGAGAGCAAGAGAAGGAAGAGAUGGAGAAACGUCAUGCCGAGGCUGUCCAGGCUCUACAGGCACAGCUUAAAGAAGGUCAGAGGUCACCCAGCCCAGAACAGGUAGUAGGUUUGAAGAGCGAAAGUGAAAAUAGUGAGGAAGGUCAAAGGUCGGAGGUGGCCAGGCUGGAGGAGGAGUUGGCGGAGGUAAAGGAAUCUCACGAGAGAAAGCUGGAGGAGAAGGAAUUGGAAAUGAGAGACAGAUUAUCAGAGAUGGAAGCUCUGCACAACAAGGCCAUUGAGGAGCUUAAACAGGACUACGAUGUCAAGCUAAAAGCUGUGAAAGAAAAUUUGACCAGUUCCCACUCGGAUCAACUCGAAGCCGUUGUCAUGGACACGGACAAGGUUCAGAGUGACCUUGACAAGGCUCACCAGCAGGAGCUUAAUGACCUUGAGGACAGGCUGACUGAGAAACAUCGCAAAGAGCUGGGAAACCUGGAGAAACAGAUGACCUCAAAGCUGGAAGAACUCACUGAAGCACACAAGGAUGAGCUUGAAAGGCUGAAGAAGGAACACAGAUCUGAGCUGGCCAAAGUAAGGGAAGAGGUGUCCAAAACUGAAGACAUGAAUGUUCCAGCAGAUCACAAGGAGAUUGUUGCGGAUUUGUCAGCUGCGCUGGAGCAAAGCCUUCUCUCUGAGUACACGGCCGCAGAGAGCGACAUAGAGAUCGAGUAUGAGAGCUCGUUCAUUGACGAGGAGGAAGAGGAAGCUGAUGAGAAAGGGAAGACCACACCUGAACAAAUGAUACAAACACUGGGCUUUGAAGCUGCUAGCAGGCUUCCAGACAUGGCCACAGUUACUGCCCCUGACGACAGAGUUGUUGCCCCUGAAGAGGAUGUCAGUGAGGUGACAGAGGACCUGGAGCCUGGCCUGGAGGAGUCUGUGAUGUCCGAACUUGAUCAGGUCCUUCAGGAUUCUGUGGCAGAGGAGGAAGGGGCUGACGGUAACCAGGGAAAGCCGGAAGAAGCGGUCAGUGAGCAGUCCACUCUGAGGACCAUGGCCAGACCUAUUUCACGAUCUCAGGACAGCUCCCCAAGAGUCAACCCCAGGAUAUUGCAGCUCGAGAAUGAUGUUCGACGACUUGAGUCUGAGCUAGAGGCCAAGCGUGGGGAGACGGAGUGGCUACAGAGGCAGCUGGUGCAGCAGUCCUCCCAGUACCAGGAACUGAGGGUCAGGCUGGUCAAUUAUGAGCAGCUGGACGGGGAGAGCCUGGUUAAUAUGCUGAAGAGUGACGCGGACAGGCUUGGACAGGAGAGAGAUAAUAUUCAGCGCGCUAAUGAACACCUGUUGCACCUGUUGUCUAACUCAUUAAAGACAUACCUGUCUACCGAGGACAGUAUCAACAAAAGCCUUGCCAAAGUGGUGUCUGCUGGGAAGACUUCCCCUAACCAAUCAGGGACACCCACUGUGGGGCCAGACCAGAGGUCGCUGAGCCUAGCUGACCAAUCAGGCCACAGGGACUCAGUGGAAGGUGCUGAGGGUGGUGAAGCUAGCAGUAGAGGCCUAGUCCGUGAUGGUGGGGGAGAUAGAGCGGGAUCCCCCGAGGGCAACUCUAAAUCAGAAGACCGUGAGUCGUUUGGGUCAGAGGUUGGUCAGAACACGAGCGUGCUGUCUGUGGCGACAGACGAGGGCCUGGACCUGUCCAAUCGUGUCACAGAGAGUAUCUUCAUGGGACCUGACAUCGACCAAGAGGGAGAAGAGCUGCUGAGAGAUGGCAGCAGCCGGCUGCAGGCGGCGGUGUUGCGGUUGCUGGAGAUGAUCGGGGAGGGCAAUGAGCAGCUGCUUGAGGCACAGCGGGUGCAGCAGGAGCUGCUGGAAACUAUCAGCGCCAAAACGGAGGAGACAUGGCAGCUGUCUGAGCGAUGCAGCGAGCUGGAUGAGCGUCUCCGGGAAGAGGUGGAGGCCAAGGCCUACCUGGCAUCAGAACUUAACAAAGCUGAAGGUUUACUGGAGGGCUAUGUUGCUGAGAAGUCCCAACUCCAGCAGAGACUGGAGGAGACAGAGCAGAAAGUCCUUGUUCUGGUCAUGGACCUGGAGACCGCCAACAACAAACUUCACGAGCUGGAAACCUCACGUGGCGAGGUGGACGCCAUGCGGCAGGAGAUCGCCCGCCAACAGGAGGCCCUGGAAGCCAAUCUGGGCCCAGAGAACCAAGACCCCACAUUGGAAGCCUCGGGCGAUACCGAGUAUGUGGAGGAGCCAGCUCUGAUCCACGAAAUCAACAAGUUGAACCAGGAGAAGCGUGACAUUAGUCGGCAAAGAGAUAAAGAAGGGGAGAGAACCACAGCGCGAAUUCGCGAUCUGGAGAUGACCACAGAAGAGAUGGAGAAGCGCUACGAGGACAUGCUGGAGGAGAAGAAGCGUGAAAUUGAUGAGUUACAGCUGAGAGUCGAGUCUUUGGACAGCAAGCUCAAAUCUGAUCGGCAGUUCUUGGAUGAACAGGCCAAUGAGCGCGAGCAGGAGAGAGAAGACCAUCAGCAAGAGGUCAAAAGGUUAACCAAAAUUAUCCAAGAGAAGGAGAAGCGAGAAAGUGCUGAGGGCAGGCUACAGAGAGAGGUUGAAGAUUUGACAGAAGAAAUCCAAAUAAAAGCAGAUAUCUUGAAUGAGACAACACUACGCAAUGAACAGUUACAGAUGGAUAUCAAAGAGAAACACCUGAGAAACCAGGACCUUGAAGAUCAGGUGAAGCAUCUAGAGCAUGAGAUAGAGGAGAAAGUUGCCAUGGAGCGUGCCUUCCAGCAGAAGAUCGCACGCCUGGAGGAGGAGUUGAAGCAGGACUCCAGUGCCAGUGAUGAGACAGGGGAUGGGGCAAAGGGCUCUGGAGAGCUGGAGCUUCAGAAGAGGAUCAGUAGCCUGGAGCUGGAGCUGGAAGCCCGGGAAAGGACAAUCUAUCACGAGAAAGGAUCGCUGGAGGAAGAGCUGAGGAAGUCCAGACUGCUAGAAGAGGAACUGAACAAUGACAAGGAGGCCUUACAGAAGCAGGUGUAUGAGAACUUGCACCAAAUCUCACAGCUGAAGACGCAGCUGGAUGAGUACAAACACAGAUUUGAUGCUGGGUCCUCUGCCCACAUCGAUGAGCUCAGGAGACAGCUGGAGGAUGAGAGAGAAGCUGUGGAGCGCAAAGAAAAAGAGGUGAGUGACCUUGUGAGCCAGGUUGAUCAGUUCAGGGAUCAGGUCAUGGACAGUGAUGAGCAGGUCCAGCAGCUGACCGCUCAGCUCAAGGUCACAGAGCAGCAGUUAGAGGUCAUCCGGUCAGAGCAGAACCAGGCUUUCAAGGAUCUACUAGAUGAGAACAGCAAGCUGAAGAAGCAGGUGAAGUCUUUGCAGGCAGAGCAAGACCCGAGUCUGCACCACUCACUGCUUGAGGAGAAGAAUGAGGAGAUUGACCAUCUGUCACAGGAGAUUGAGAGAUUGAGAGCCGAACAGUCCAUGGUAGAUGAUACAACAAACAUGAAGGAGCUCCUGAGUUCCCUGAGACUAGAACUGGAGGUGAAGUCCCGAGAGAUAGAGGAGCUUCACCAGACUGUGGACAGUCUACAGCAGAGUGACGCCCUGUUAGACACCACUGUGUCUGAUGACAGGGAACCUCCACUCCUACCCUCACUAACAGAACGCAUGAGCAUUCAGGAUGAGUUCAGCAAUGCGUUGGCUCUGAAGGAUGACGAGGUACAGGCCUUACAAGAGGAGCUACAACUCAAGGAUGCAGAACUGUCACAGGCGAAGAUUGACCUAGAGACGUCGAGCAGACUUGAAAUGAGUGCAAUGACUGACCCUCUGAUUCUAGAGAAAGACACAGCUAUAGAGCAGCUGACAUUGCAGGUGGAGAGUCUACAGAUGGAGGUUAGCAACCUCACAGACUUCCAGGGUAAGCUACAAGAGGACUAUGACAUGGUGCAAGCCAUGCUGGAGGAGAAACAGAAAGAGAUAGAGUCCCUGACCAAAGAGCUAACGGAGACGAGGCCACAGGCAGAAGGUGCUACAGACGCUCUGAUGAAGUUUGAGCUGCAAGUGGAAGCUUUGAACAAACAGCUGAAGGAAAAAGAUAAUGUGAUCGAUGAGAAGGAAGAAGAGCUUUAUACAGUAAACGAGAAACUGGAGGAAAAGGAGAGUGACCUUGUUGAGCUACAGAAACUGAUUGAAGAGAAAGAGGAACAGCUUACGCAGCUCCAAAAGCGCGGUAACCAAGGGGAGGCAACUGAGGUGAGCAAACUGCAGGAAAGGAUCACUGAGCAGGAGCUGGCGUUAGAAGAGCUACGUCAGCGUUUGAGCGACCAGACCACCGACCAGGAGGAGGCCCUGAGCGUGCUGCGCUCUCAGCUGGAGAUUGCGGCCAAGGCGCUGGAAGAGCGCGACAGUCAGGUGGAGAAGCUUACCCAGGCUCUAGGCGGUGAUGACCGCUCAGACGACACAGACAUUGAUGGACAAACACACGACCAGAUACUGUCUCUCAAGGAAAAGCUUCAGGAAUCGGAGAAGGAGCGUGAAAGCCUGGAGGAAGACAGAGAAUACCUGAACCGUGAGGUGGAGGCGUUAAGGUCGGAACUGGACAGACACAGACAGGAAGCACUCGAUCACCAGUCACGAGCCUCAGAGAAACAUGCUGAGGCAGAGCAGCUGCGGCGGCAGUUGAGCGACGUGCAGCGUGAAGCUGAGCGCAUCGAGGAGCUGACAGAGGAGCUCAACAAGACGCGCUCACAGCUGCAACUCAACCAGGCCAGCAACACUAGCAUUGAUCAGGAGGAGGUGGAGCUCCUUAAAGACUCGCUGAAGAAAGUGCAGGCAGAGUUGGAGGUGUUCAGAGAGAGUGCAGGACAGUCUGCCACAGAACUGGAAAAGAAAAUCCAGGAGAUGAGGGAAGAGCUAGCCCGAGAACACUCGGAGAGUAUAGCCCAGGUGAAGAGCAAGGCAGAGAAAGAGGUGGAUGAAAGGCUGGCCCAGUUGUCACGGCAACACGAGCAGGAGCUGAGACAGCUGGAGGAGAAUCACCGCAAAGAGAUUGAGACAUCUGUGAGACAAGCGAGAAGAGACGCAGAGAUCGAGUUUGCUGAGGAGAGGAAUCUCCUGAUACAACGACACCGCCAGGAGGUGGAUUCUCUACAAGCCAAGCUCAUAGCCUCUGAUGACAUGUCCAUGAUGGCUGUUCAGGAGCAGCUGCAAUCUGAGGUCGCCACCACCGAGCGUCUGGACAGUCGGCUGUUGGAACAUCUGUCGCGCCCGCGGCAGGAUGGUGUUGGACACGACAACCCUGACGUGGCUUACUUAGAGCCCUCUGUUGCUGACGAGACCAUCCCGGACAGACUUAGGGUGUUAAUGAACCGCCUCCACAACGAGGGUGUCCAAAUGUUGACCCUGUCAGAGCUGGAGUUCCUGAGGCGACACAGCUCCCCACCCCGCGUGGAGAAGGAAGCUGAUCUUCCCGCUCUGCAGGCUGCCUGGAAUAACGAGAAACAGGGGCUGCUUUCAGCCAUACAGGCCCUCAAGGAUCUGCUGGCCCAGAUCCACACCAACCGUGAGAACCAACAGAUGGGCGAGGUUGGAGUCUCAGACUGGAGGAAUGACCUUGUAACUGCUAUCAGCCGGGUAUUUGCCAAGGAGAGGGAGACGCUACUUGCUGAGCUCAGGACACAUGUAGUGGCCUCCCCUUCCACAGAGCUCUCCAGUCUCCAGAGGCUUGAACAGAAAAUCCGGGACCAGGGUGACCACCACAAGUUGUCCAUGGACCAAAUGUACAGCGCUGAUCGUCAGUCCCUGCUGGCCGAGAUUCGUGACCUCCGUUCUCACGCCAGCAUCACACGACUGCAGCUACAGGAAGAGAAGCAACGCCUCUCUCAACAGCUGAGUUCCACAGAGGAGCAGCUGUCCAAGCGUGAGCACCAUCUGAAGAGACAGCUGGAGCUGUUGGAGUACAAACUGAAACAAGAACAAGUACUCCAGGAUGAUCUCAGGGUCAGCCUGGAAUCUGAGACGACACGCAACCAAGAGUUACAGGCCCUGAUCAACAAGGAGCACCAGGCCACCCUUGACCUCCAGAUGGAGCUGUCAGAGUCUCAGAGUCAAAUCGACAAACUGAAUGACUCCCUGCAUCAGGAGGAAUCGCGCGUCAAAUCUGUCAGGUCACACUUGGAUCGUCUGUUUGAUGCCAUCGAGGCGGAGAGAGAGAAGAGAAACCGACUCGCCGACCAACUGGAGGAGGAGCGAGCAGAAACGCGGCGCUUAAAGAGAAUUGCUGACGAGGAGAAACGCAAAGUUGGCCAGCUGGAGGAGAAGGAAGUCAGUCUGUUAAAGACUUUGCAAGCUGAGCUGGAGAAGGAGAAAGACCUUCAUGCGGAGGUGACAAACAACCUGGACAGAGAGAAGCUGACUGUUGAGAACCUGAGACGAGAACUUCAGUUUGAGAAAGACAACCUGCAUGCUGUGGAGAACCAGUUCAAAUCCCGCCUCUCCCAACUCCAGGCACAUCUACAGGCUGAGAAGGCCAGGUGCAACGAACUAAAUAGUGCUAUUGAGAGGGAGCAAGCGCUGAAUGAGCAACUGCGUCACUCUCUGGAGGAGGAGAGAGGAAGUGUGGAGGCCACGACGCAGCGCGAACAUGCCAUCAUCGCUGACCUGAAGGCGCUGCUGCAGACGGAGCGUGGGCGUGUGGAGGAGCUGCAGUCCUCAGCAGACAGGGACAGACGACAUGUUGUCUCUCUGACCACUGCCCUGGAGGAGGCUAAGCUACUGGCCAGUGAGGACGUGGAAAGGGAGAGGAAGACGUGCAGGGAGUUGAAGAGACAGAUGGAUGCUGCUCAGGAGCAGGUAUUACAACUGUCCCGGCAACACGAGGGGGCAGAAGCCAAAGUUGCCGCGUUACAGCGUGAGCAUGGCCAGCUGAGGUCAGAGGUGAAGGGCCUGAAGGAGCUGGAGAACGAGCGUGAGAAGCUGCGGGAGGUGGAGCGUCGUGGGGACACCCAGAGACUGAGAGAGGCUGAGAGGGAGAGGGACCAGGCCAAAGCCAAGCUGCAUGAAAGUGAGCUAGAAUUACAGCGUCAGAGGCAGAAGGUUGCUGACCUCGACCUCAAGUUGACCUCGGCCAGACAGCAAAGCUCCUCCCACAGACCAGGUUUUCAAGUCCCCCUGAGGACCUCACCACGGGUAGCCGAUGUGGUUGAUGGAGGUGAAGGAGGACUGAGUGAGCUCAGAGAGAGACUGGACAGGUACAAAACACAGCUGGAGAACUCUCGUCAGCGACUUUACCUGCUGCUGAUGAAGCAUCAGGAGGAUCUCACCAGGUCAGAAUCUGGCUCAUCAGCUAGCGAUUCCUCGGCGAGAAGGAAAGCCAUCAGGGAUCUUCUGACAGAGGUACAGCAGUUACAGCGCCCCCUAGCUCUGGAAACGGAGGCAAGGCCAACUAUCGCAGACUCCCCUUCCAUUUCUGCCAUCAACAACCGAGUGACAGCCCACAAUGUGGAGCUGACAGAUUUCGUGGCUCGUCUUAGCAAAGAAAAGGCGGAGCUACGGAACAACCUGGCAAAGCUGGAGGAGGAGCUGUGGCAGAGAAGGCGGAGAGAGGCGGAGUUAGAGCAGCUAAGAGGAAGAACUGAUGUGACGGAGUCGAUGCUGGCAGCUGAGCGUGCCAGCUGGAAUCAGGAGCGAAUAACUCUGCAGAUGUCGCUGGAUCACGCUGAGCGAGAGGUGGAGAGGCUGAAAGGGGACCUAAGGGCCGAGCAGCACCGAGCGCUACGGCUCACCCACUCAUACACCUCAGAGUCCGACACUGACAAGAUGCAUCGUCUGUACGGGAAGUACCUGAGGUCUGAGAGCUUCAGGAAAGCUCUGAUUUACCAGAAGAGGUACCUGCUGAUGUUGUUGGGCGGGUUCCGAGAGUGUGAGGAGACAACUCUGGCGAUCAUCGCACAGAUGGGUGUGUACCCAUCACAUGAAGAUGUCCAGAGACGAUCCAGACAUUCCAAGGCAUUUGCCACAUUCCGCACAGCGGCCAGGGUUGUUGUGGCUAUACACAGGAUGAAGUACCUGGUGAAGAAAUGGAGACGGGCGACCAAGGUGGGAUCUCCUGUGGUGACAGGAAACACUAACUUACAACAUGGGUACAUAUCCACAGCCACAACGUACUCUCCACCCCGACUAGCCUCCCAGUCAAGCUCACCCCUAGCCAUCCAGGCUUCCCCGCGGCACGUCAGUACAGAUUCCUCGUACACCUCCAAGCCAGCAUACUACGCCAGCUACUCCCCCUUAUCAGCGUCACCGUCCAACCCUUCACAGUCAUUGAAAACCCCUCCCACGCGGGAUAAGACCCACCGCCGGGGUACAGAGGGCAGGGGAGAGAACUCUGCCGGUAUCAGGCGGAAGUUGCUGACGGAUCUGAGCUCUAAAGGAGAUGUCACUGAUCCAGUCCGGUCUGACUGGUCAGAGAUAGGGCUUAAUGGCCAUCAGGCCGAUGCAUCUGACCAGUCUCUACAUGCAGACUAUAUUCACAGACUCGAGAACCUACAGCACAGACUGGGGGGACUGCAUGACCCUGGUAACCUGCGCACUAAACCACACUGGUCAUCAUCAUCAAGAAGGUGAUACUCUGCCAGGAAUAGAGGGGUAGUUACUCAGCAGAGCCAUGUCCAGGUUCCAGAGCUUAGGGAAAUCCCCUGGUAGAUCCCGGAAUGUAUACAAACAACUGGGAAUUCCAGUGGCAGAGCCUUCCCAUGCACCAAUUCUUGGCUCCUCUGGUAGAUUGGGGAACGCAUACAAACAGCUGGUGAAUUCCAUUGGAACAGCCAUGCUGAUGCUCCAAAAGGUGGGGAAUCCCCUGGUAGAUGAGGAACGGAAAAUUCAAGUGGCAGAGCUGAGGCUUGGGGAAUCCCUUGAUGGAUCAGGGCAUGUAUACAGCUGAUAUGUGAUAUAUGCUGAUAGUACGAAAAUGUCCUACAAAGGAAUGGUCUUGUGAACUCAGUGAUUGGGGCUUCCACAUGGUACAGGCCCAAAGCAUGUUCCUCAAGACCUGAAGGAAUACCUAGUUGUACCCCCAAAGCACUGCGGAGUAAACGUCUUCAGUACUCUAUGUUAUAGAGGUAUGAGCCUCAAUGGAUAUGAUCUGUAUGACCAUUUGGGCAGAAAGUGUGUCAGUGGUUUUAAACACAAAUUUGCAAACUGUUAGUAGUAAUGUGUCAUUAGGUUUCAUUAACUCGCUGCCAACUUCAGGUGUCCUGAUACUAUUUUACAUCACACGUGAAUCUUACAGUGUAUGUGAAGAGAUCUAAACAUAAUGUUGAUCUAGAUCUCAAAACUUAAGCCUUGGACCAUGUGAUCAUGUACAUAUAUUUAUAGUUGCAUGGCUCAGGUGCGCUUCAUUGCGCCAAGGGGAGUAACUGCGCAUGCCAUGGCAUGCCAGCAUCAGUAGAUAGCCAGCCUACGUGUAUAUCAACAUUACUGUGAUAUUGUCCAUGACCAAAUUUCAUUCGGAGAAGCUUGUCAACUUUUACAUCUAAAUAUACAAGGGUGGUGUAAAUCUAUGUGAAGUUGUUUUAUGUUGACAAGCAACAUUGUGUGGGAAGCAACAUCACAUGACAUCCAUGCAGUCUUAUUGGUGCCUCUAUGUAAAUUAUUAUAGUUCAUGUAAUUAUGGGAUAGAAUACAAGCUGAAUGCAUCAAGUCAGCUGCAG